AUGCAAUUCGCUACUGUCAUCAUUGCCUUUGUUGCUCUCGCAACCUCCAUUUUCGCCAGCCCCAUUCUUGAGGAGCGCGAGAUCAAGUACUGCGCUCAGCAGCCGUAUGACCCUACCAAGUACACCUGCUUCCAAGGAAAAUACUUGUGCCCAAUUGAAAACGGUAUCGUCUACCAGAACUGCCAGAUUGCCUGCUACAACCCGGCUGCCUAUGCUUGCAAGAAUGGCCAGCUUACUCCCGUUACCACUUGCGCGGGCCAACCCUUUGACAAGAACUCCUACGUUUGCAUCAACGAUCAGCAGCUUUGCCCUAUUAACUACCCCAACCUUUGCGGAAAGGCUUGCUACAAGACCAGCGAGUACAAGUGUGUCAACGGAGCUCUCCAGCAGGUUUAG